CUAGCGAAAAUGCGUGGUUAUUAAGGUAGCAAGCAUUUGAAUGAAAGUGAGCAUUGAAAUGAGAAUAGAAUUUUUAAGGAUGUGAAAUACGUUCAAUCUGCUCUCUGUCUCUUUGCCUCUACAAUAAAUUAAAAACAUAGUUAUCUAAACGUCUAAUGAAAUGUUCACUUGAUUCCUGGGAAAAUAUAUUGUGAUUCACUUGGAACGAUCUAGUAUUAAAACCGGAAUAUCAUUUAUUGUGUAACGAUCGAAUACAGUUUUAACACGUUACAUGGAGCAACAUACCUGCCAUUGCCAGAGAAAAUCAUACUUUCGUGCUUAUUAUUAUCAUCACUCAAAGUUGUCAACAAGUGACAGUAUACUUCCCUGAAAUAAAUCAGUUCGUUCCAGAUACAAGAUCAAUAGUAAUACUGAAUCAAAAAUUGAACAUUUUAAUAUCGAGAAAAUCAUUUAAGAGAUUUUGAUAUGACUGCAGGAGAGAUAAAUAGGUUAAACAAACUAGAAAGGAGAAAAUAUUCAACAACUCGUUUUAAGAAACACAGUGGCAAAAGAAAUACAACUAAAAAUCAAUGGAAUACAAAUAAGGUUUUGAGUAAAACAACUCGACAACAGAAGAAUGUUCUGAUAGAUCGACCAGUUGAAACAAAGACAUGUAAUAAACAGAACUUGGGGAAACCUAUUAAAGGUUCUUCAACGUUUAAUAGUUGUUUAUUCUUUUUGUAUUUAACACAGACUAUCCACUUAGAUUCUUGUCAUGUGAACCACAACAGGCAUGUUCAUUGUUUUAAUUCACCGUUUGAAACAUUUGAGAAGAACAAACAUGUGACAAAUGUCGAUAAUGCAAAUCAAUCUUGUCUUUCAAAACGUUAUGAAAUAAGAAAAAAUGAAUGUUCAUUUAAAAAACUUAAAAAUCUAUGGAAACAACAAUUUGAUCAAUUCAUUCUGCCUGUUCCAACAAGACGUAAUACUGGUACAAAUAAAACUACAUAUACAGAAAAAUCUACUAUCACCAAUCAGAAAAAGGAAACCCUUGAAAUGUCUCCUCAAGUGAAGAACCGUUCAAACAAUCAAUCCGAAGAGAUCAGUCAACACUUAAGCCCAUCCAAAUCAUUUAGCUCCUUAUCCUCUUCGAAAUAUGAAGUUAGAAGCUAUCAAGACUAUGGUGAAAAUUUCCUAAAAAACUUUGAAGAUAAGUAUACAUUUAGUGAUUCAUCAAAUUUAACUGGAUCAACGAUUUAUCUAUAUUGUUCAACAUGUAGUCAGAUUUUCUCAUGCAGAAACAUUGAUGAAUUAAAACAACUGAAUUUAAUUAAAUCUAGCUCAUCUUUAUCUUCUUACAACUUGACCUCUGAGGACGAAGAUAUCGAAAGUCAGUUUGUUUUCGACGAAUUAUUUCCAUCAUACUGGGAAUAUAUGAACCCAUCAUAUGAAUGGAUCAAAUCUUCACGUCCUGUUUCUGCACCACCAAUAUUGACUUGUUCAUCAAAGAAAUCAGCAUAACAGAUAAAACAAUAAACUAAUUCUAACCAAUAACCUUCAAUUUUAGUUCAGAUUCUGCUAACUUAUGAAAUGUUUCUAUUUUUAAAACAAGUAGUACUUCACGCAAAUCCAUUUAGUUUUUACUUAAAUUAGUCUAUAAUCCACUAUUUAAAGGAUAAAUUAAGAGAUACAACUAAAAAAAAGUAAUGUUAUUUUGAGUAGUGUACAUGCAAAACUGUACGAUUCACAACUCUAUAAACCAUUAUAUUAUCAAGCAUAAUGAUAGCAGGCGAGACAUUACAUUCUGUGAGAUAUUAUUUUUUCUAAAAUGUCAUUUCACAUGACGUUUGUUUUACAAUAAUACCAAUAAAUUAUAAUAUGAGUUUACAUGAUUUGAGUGAUUAAAGAUAGCAUGUGAUUAUUCAAAGAUGGGUUUUAUGAUAACUUUCAAAUAGGUUGAACAAAGUGUACACAGUUUAGCUGUCUUUUUCGACCAGGAUAUUUCAAGCAAAUUUAGGUCUGAAAAAAACAUGAUUAUUAUACCUACCGUUGAU